AUGACCAACAAUCAAAGCCAAUCAACUGAAUUUAAUUUCGAGGACAUGCAAACAAAUGAAGAGUGCAACACUGCUGUUGAAAAUGCUGCAAACAAUAGCGAUAGUGAAUCUAGCAAGUUAUACGCCAGUCUGUUGGGUUUACUUCCAACGACCAGUGCAAGUGAACCACAAGCGAGUUCCUCAAAGGAGUUCGCCAACGCUCAACAGGCUUCAACGAGUGGUCUGAAGAGGAGCUCGACCCGGACAGGUCCGAGCCGAAAGUACCAGGCCAAGGAGACUGAUGAAGAGGAGUCGGCAGUGCAGCGAAAGGAGAUCACGGUGGCAGCCGAGCUGAGCGGCACUGAGGACAGCAAUGGCGAGUCGGCGAUGCACGUGGAGAACGAUCUACUUCAGGUGGAGUACUGGUGCUCAUACGAGGGCUGUCGCUUCAAGAGCAAAUCACUGACGCAGGUUAAGGCGCACGAGGAGCGUCGACACGUGAGGCACAUCGUCAAGUGCUCGGAGGACGGCUGCGGCAGCUUCUUCGACACCAAGGACGACCUGAACUUGCACCUGACUGACAUUCACGCCGGUCCUAUGUACAAGUGCGCCCUGCACAUCUGCUCGAAGGAGUUCCAGAGCGACUAUCGACUGAAGCAGCACAUUCGCGAGGAGCACAAAGAGGAGUAUCUGACCUGCAAAGUGUGCACGAAAAAGUUUAAAACGCGCAAGUACCUCACUCGACAUUGUCGAAAUGUGCACCCGAAAGAUAAAUUAAUUGAUGAAAUGGUCGCUGCUGCAAGUGAAGGACUCGACCCAAAAGGCUCGCAGAUGAGUUGCACUAUUGAUAACUGCGAUAAGAAGUUUCUUAAAAGGCAAAUAGUGAAAAAAGAUUAA